AUGUCGUGGUUCCUCUACAACGUCUCGUUUCCUUUGACAUAUCCCACAGGUCCUGCCGCCGUCGCCCUAAUCGCAAUCCUCUCCACAGACAUUCUCCUCGACGCCCGCUCAAUAGUCCACGCCCACGACCCCUGGCCAGGCUGGACCCUCCUCAUCCGCCUCGUCCUAGGCGCCUCCCUGAUCGCAAUCUUUUGGGUCUACAUUUCCCUAGGCGACGUCUUUGCGCGCGGGUUCACGUACUGGGGUAUGUCCGAUACCUACGGCCGCGUGCUGGCGUACAUGUUCCUCUGGGGCAUCGGGCUCUGGGAUUUGUUGUUUGUGGUUCUGUGUCGGCAUUGGCUGGGCAAGGAG